AUGGUCAACACCAUUUCUUUAACUCGUCGGCUGUCAGGAAUAUCUGCUACUAUCUCCAAGACUGCGGUUGCACCCAUUGAGCGCAUCAAGCUCCUCCUCCAGGUGCAAGCUACUUCCACUCAGAUCACCGAUCCCUACAAGGGCAUCGUAGAUUGUGCCGUCCGUGUGUACAAGGAGCAGGGAGCUCUCGCAUUCUGGAGAGGAAACACUGCCAACAUCCUCAGAUACUUCCCUACCCAGGCUCUCAACUUUGCUUUCAAGGACAAGUACAAGGAGAUGUUCUGCAGGCCUGCUGAGGAGGUCGGAUUCUGGUUGUUCUUCCUUGGAAACUUGGCUGCUGGUGGAGCUGCUGGUGCUACUUCCCUCCUCUUCGUCUAUCCUCUGGACUUCGCUCGUACCCGCCUCGGCGCUGACGUUGGCAAGUCCAAGGAGGACAGGCAGUUCAACGGCCUUUUCGACUGCAUUGCCAAGAUCUACAAGUCUGAUGGCAUCGGUGGAUUGUACCAGGGAUUUGCUGCUUCCAUCCUGGGAAUCAUCGUGUACCGUGCUGCAUUCUUCGGUGGGUUUGAUACUCUCAAGGCUGUCCUGAUGAAGGUUGGAUUCGGCGCUGUUGUCUGGCAGGCGUUCCUCGUUGCCGAGUUCACUACUGCUGUUGCUGGAAUCAUCUCUUACCCCUUCGAUACCGUUCGUCGCCGCCUUAUGAUGAAGUCUGGCGGAGGCUCUACCAUCCAGUACAAGGGAACCAUCGACUGCGCUGUGCAGAUCGUCAAGCAGGAGGGAGUCGGCGGGUUGUUCAAGGGCUCUCUUUCCAACGUCUUCCGUGGGACUGGAGCUGCUUUGGUGCUCGUCCUCUAUGACUGGCUCUCCAAGUUCAUCUAA